UUCAACAAGCAGCCCUAGUGAUAUAAGGCCAGGCAGCCCCUUCCACAGAUUUCUUCCUCACCCUUGGGCACUGGAGUAAGGAAAGGAGACAGGGGACAAAGGGGAACGAACGCCUAUCUGCUUCUUAAGUUCUCCUCCACAAGAUCAUCACCCCAGGCAGAUAUCAUCAAGGGAAGACUCUCCGGGUUACAACUGAUCACAGAAGUAAUGCUCACAGGCUGUGGUCCAUGGACUCACAGAAAUGAUAAACCAUCGGAGGAGAAAGAAUUGGUCCAUCUGAGUAGUGUGUGAAAGGGAGAAAGACAAAUAAAGAGAUGGAGCUGCCGCAAGGAGAUGAGAUGGAAGAAGGGGAAGAAAAAGAGAGGAAAACCAGGUCUCCGCCUCAGGGCAACAUGAAGGACCGGCUAGCAGAACUUCUGGAGUUGUCCAAGAGUUAUGACCAGCAGUUCCCAGAUGGGGAUGAUGAGUUCGACUUGCCCCAUGAGGACUUCGUGUUUGAGACUGACCACAUCCUGGAGUCCUUGUACCGAGACAUCCAGGACAUUCAGGAUGAAAACCAGCUGCUGAUGGCCGACGUGAAGCGGCUGGGAAAGCAGAACGUCCGCUUCCUCACGUCCAUGCGGCGUCUCAGCAGCAUCAAGCGCGAUACCAACUCCAUUGCCAAGGCCAUCAAGACUCGGGGCGAGAGCAUCCACCGCAAGCUGCGCGCCAUGAAGGAGCUGAGCCAGGCCUCCGAGGCCCAGAACGGGGCGCACUCUGCGGUGGCGCGCAUCUUGCAGGCGCAGUACAGCGCGCUCACCCGCACCUUCCAGCAGGCCAUGCACGAGUACAACCAGGCGGAGAUGAAGCAACGCGAAAACUGCAAGAUCCGCAUCCAGCGACAGCUGGAGAUCAUGGGCAAAGACGUCUCGGGCGACCAGAUCGAGGACAUGUUUGAGCAGGGUAAGUGGGACGUGUUCUCCGAGAACCUGCUGGCCGAUGUGAAGGGCGCGCGAGCCGCCCUCAACGAGAUCGAAAGCCGCCACCGUGAGCUGCUACGACUGGAGAACCGCAUCCGGGACGUGCAUGAGCUCUUCUUGCAGAUGGCAGUGUUGGUGGAGGAGCAGGCAGACACGCUGAAUGUCAUCGAGCUCAAUGUGCAGAAGACUCUGGACUACACGGGCGAGGCCAAGGCGCAGGUGCGGAAGACCCUGCAGUACCAGAGGAAGGUCCCCUGCUGGACCAUCUGCUGCUGCUGCUGCCCGUGCCUCAACUAGCAGCUGGCCCACACCUCCACCACCCAUCCCUAGCCCGAGCCACCCUGGAAAGGACCUUCAGUGGCCAGGUCCUCUGCACUGGGCUGAGAGGCUCCCAAAUCCUUAGAAAAGAAGAAACGAGAGGCUCAAGAAUUGGAACCCAGCUCUUGCGGAAGGAGAUAGCUGAUACCUUCCAAGGUUUUUUCGGUGAAGACAAAUUCCUAGUGAAGUUGUGCAGGGCAAGUUGUGUGACACUGCAUUAUUAAAUGACACUGCAUCUUUCCUCUCCCACCAAAGGUUAAGGAACUGACGUUGGACCUGACCAUAGGGUUGACGACCAAAGCACGCUUCCUGUUGAAGCUCAAGGAGAAGGUCGAUUUUACAUUCACUCACAGUAUGAACUCAUCAUCAAAACUUAAAUUCGUUUGUCUUGUCCUGAAAGUGUUGGUUCUGUCCAAUUUCUGGUGAAAUUGAUCUUGGGGAAAAAAUGGGCUUUCUGCAUUUCCGAGUCAUCUGAUUUAUGAUAUGUGAUUUGGGCCUAGAGGUAGACCUUUCUCCUCACCUCCCCUAUCAAUAAAACCCACAUGGAACGCUUUCUAUCCCAUAACUUUCUCUUUUAAUACCUUCUACCACAAUAGAUUUUGUGAUUAUUUUUCCAAAUAAUUUUAAGCACUGAAUAUUGAAGAAGCACUCAAAUAGAAGUAUAUAUCAGUCAUAUUUUAUGUAUUUUCACAGAUAAGAUUUAUUUAAAAUUUACUUUUUUACUUGAUUGCAUAUACACAAAUGUAUGUAAAUGUAAAAUACUAAUAUUCACUAACGUGUACAUAAUGACCAAUUGGCUUUAUCUUUACUUUGUAAAUAUGUAUAUAAAUAUUAAGAAAAACACUUUUCCUGGCUGUUGGUAUUAGUUUGCUUGUUUUGAGUUUAUCUCCCUCCAAUCUGCUUCUUCGUAGUCCAAUUUGGAUCCAAAUUAUAUUUUGAAAAACUCUGUAUUGGUUAUGUUAGUAAAGACAGGUGUUAAAGGCUGAAAACAUAUGGAACCAGAGACAAUAAAAUUAUGUGCUUGGAAAUAGUACUUUUGUUUUAAUGGUAGACCAUUCCUUUUGUACAUUAAGAUGGAGUAAUUUAAAAUGAAAUAAUUCUGUUUUUCAAGUAAACUUUAAAACAUAUUAUAAAUAUCCAUUUUAAACAUUUGUAUCUUGACCAUUUAAAUCUCGGCUUACUUUUUCAAUUAUUACUAAUUUUCUCCCCCACUAGGCUACUUGAGGCUACACCAUCUAGAUGGAUCUCUGAGCACAGGGGGGAAAAUGAUAAACUCAAAGAAUUUAGCUACAGGUGUCUUGCUUUCUCUCCUGAGUUAUAACAACUUAGCAAAGUCAUCAGGUUUUAAGAUUUGGUUUCAUUUACCAUGCUUCUAGUGUUUCUUCUGAGUCAACUCUUAACUCUUUUUCCCCUUAUUUAAUACAGAAGCAAUUUUAAUCAGCAGUCAUAUUUCUCAGGCCCUCCAGAAGACGAGAUUUUUUUUGAAAGAGUAGAAUGUGAACUCUUUGAGGCUCACUGCCUGACCUGCUUAAGACCAGGUAAGUCUAGCCCUACCUACAACAUAUUUCAUGGUGUAAAUAUGACAAUUGUAGAAACUGGGUCCCACCAGACUUUUCUCAGAUUUCUCUCAGUUUCUUUCCAGCUAACUCCAAGGAUAUGUUUCCCCUUUGACUUAAUACCCUCCUCCCUAUAGCAAGGGAAAGAGUCUUCAUACAGUUCCAUUGUGGUAGUUUUCACUGUAGGAA